UAAUAUUCAAUGCAAUAAUAAUACUAUAAAAUAACAAUCAAUUAGUAAACAAACGAUUCAUUUAUUUAUUUAUUUAUUUAAGUGAUUACUAUUUCAAAACACAUUGUAUAUAUCGACGGCCGCCGAUUACCGUGAAGUUAGCCGUAAAAAUAAAAUGGACAACGACUUUCAAACACAUUACGACGCAGUGGUCACCGGUACCGGCCUAACCCAAUCGAUGUUGGCGGCGGCCAUUGCCCGUAGCGGCCGAACAGUAUUGCAUUGCGACCAAAACCCGUACUAUUCGCAAGAGUGGCAAUCAAUGAAUUUUACACAACUGGCCGACUGGUGUCGGGAUCGCCAAUCAACGGUAACGACAUCAGUGGUCGCCAACACGGAGACUGACGCCGCCGCUGCCGCCUCACCCGCUAUUACCGAUCCAUCAUCAGCAGCAGCGGCGGCUACUACUAGUCAACAACAUCCCGAUCUACAUUUGCUUCGGCAGCGGGAACUGUACCGUAACUGUAGCCGUCCAUCGUAUAUAGCAAACGUUACGCCAAUAUCCUAUCUGUGCGAUAUCGAGUCGGACGACGUGACCACUACCGGUGACGCUACCGAUCAGGAAAUACAGCAGCAUUUGGACGCACUGGUCGAUGAUAUUGUAGAGCCGCCACCACCGAUGCCGCCGCCGCCGCCUCCUCAGGAGGAGCUACAGCAACAACAACAACCAGUGGGAACACCUGUUGAGGACAACAACACACCAUCUGAUGCUAUCAAGUGGUCAAUGUUUAAGUUGAAUCGCGAGUCCCGUAAAUUCAAUUUGGAUUUAACUCCACGGUUAUUAUACUCGAGAGGAGCAAUGGUAGACCUGUUGGUGUCGUCUAAUAUAUCAAGAUAUGCCGAAUUCAAAGCCGUUACCCGAAUAUUGACGAUAAUAGACGACAACACCGACACAAACAACAAUAGGAUAGUCGAAGUGCCCGUCAGUCGCGGCGAUAUAUUUAACAAUAAAGACGUUUCGGUUAUCGAUAAGCGAAUGCUUAUGAAGUUUAUGUCGUUUUGUGCCGAAUAUGAUAAACAUUUUGAUGAAUAUGAAAGUAAAGGACCGAUCAAGUACGAGAACGAACCGAUUGGCGAUUUUCUGGCCGCUCAGCAAUUGUCGCCAUUGCUCCAGAAGUUCAUAUUGAAUGCCAUAGCAAUGACUCGACCGCAWUGUCCAACCAAAGAGGCACUCAAAUUGAUUCAUAGGUUCAUUCAUAGUGCCGGCCGUUUCGGUAAUACACCGUUUUUGUUUACACUGUACGGUACCGGUGAACUGCCCCAAGCAUUCUGUCGUCUCUGUGCCGUAUUUGGCGGAACCUAUUGUCUGAAAAUGAAAUGUCAGUCACUUAUUGUCGACACCUCGUCGGCCGARCCGAACAAGUGUACGGCCUGUGUGAUCGAUGGCCGCCGUUUUGAUUGCAAUAAUUUAAUAACCGAUUAUACCGUCGAGUCUACUAACGAUGAUAUAAACACCAGUGAUAUGAAUAGCGGCGAAAAACGUUAUGUUUCGCGGGCUAUAGUUAUCAGCGAUCGAUCGAUCAAACGAUCAGAUGUCGAGCACCUGUCACUGCUUCAUAUCCCGCCAACCGAUGAUAAUAACGGCAACAAAAAUUCAGUCUAUCUUAUCGAAGUCGGCUCAUCAGCACUGGUAGCACCCAAAGGCUUAUUUGUCCAAUAUUUAUGGUGCGAUUCGACUGCCGACUGCGCUAAACACGAUUUGAUGCCAAUCGUUAAAAACUUAUAUAACUUUACACCAGAUAUUACUGAAAAUUGUGAUGAAACCGAUGAUAAACCAAAAGUUUUAUGGAGUGUAUACUAUAAUCAACAGUCUUCCAGAUGUGUCCAACCAAUUGAUUUACCCGAAAAUGUCUGGACAACUACACCGCCGGUUAGCGAACUUGAUUUUGAUUUGGCAAUCGAUGAGGCUCGUACACUGUUUACAAAAAUGUUUCCCAACGAUGAGUUCCUUCCUCGAGCUCCCGAUCCAAAUGAAAUACUAUUCGAUGGCCAACCAAACGAUAUCGAAAUGAAUGAACCAAACAAUCAACCAAUUGAUGAACCGAUUGUCGAUAACGAUAACAAUAAUAAUAAUAAUUAAAAUUAAAAAUGAUAUUAU